CGACAAAAUGGGCUUUAGUCCGCGUUUCCUCAUCCAAGCGUCCCUCACAGGGGCUGCACUGGCCACUGGGCUGGCUGCCCUGGUGCAGGCCAUCCUUUUCCUCGUGAGUGUCAAGCAGGAGAUGAACGAGAACUUCGAGGGCGAGUUGACCAAGAGCAAGAACAUGCCGUGCGUCAGGAAGACACUCGACAUAUGCAGGCACGCAGACAAGAGAGAAGAAGCCCUUUGUUGUCCAGUGCCUUUGUUGUCUUCGUUUCUGUCUUCCCUUCAGCAUUGACGUUGAGACAAAGUGCGGUCCGGCGUGCUGCCCUCUUCCCGACUACACGUGCGACAUUGACCCUGCAAUAGGGCUCAACUGCCGGCACGACGCGGGCUGCGGAGAUGACCAGUGGUGCCUCGACUGGGCCGACAUCCACGGCGAGUGCAAGACAGAUGUUUGUCAGCAGGACCGCCUCGUGGAGAGCCUCGUCCUUUGGACAGUCAUCACCUGUGGCAUCGGCUCGCUCGGCGACAUGGUGGACAUCCUGUUCUUCUUACGCUACAAGGACGCCAACAUCAUCAAGACCUCCAUCAACGUGCUGACGGGAUCGUUCAAGUUCAUGUCUCUCUCCAUCACCGUUGCUGCGGGGGCCAGCCAUUUCAUGGAGGAUCUGAGCGAGGCCAAGUGCUAUGCCGGCGGAUCUGAGGGGGAGAAGAUGGUGGAUUCGGCUGUGGCGUCGCUGCUGGGGUACACUGUUCUGAUCAUAUGCUCGGCUGUGCUGUCGUUUGUCACAUCGCCUUUCUCGGCGUACUUUGGGGGGAAGACAAGAGGGGUGCCCUAUGUUAGGCAGAUAAGAUAGAUAGGGAGGGGUGGUGGGGUGGUGCGGUGGGGUGCGGUGGACGAGGCAUGACGGCUGGAUGGACAUCGCAGGGUCAUUGACCAUUGACGAAUGGUUGACUGGCUGGUUGAAUCCAGGUCUUAGAUCACAACUGCUCCCCUGUAGCCAUCCCUCCCUCUGCCUGGCUCCAGUCUCGCGCACACAUGAAUACUGUACAAUCGUGCAGCAGUCUGUCUGCCCUGUGUGUUGCGGGCGCAAAUCACACCGAAUCAAAACCUCGCUCGUGUGCACACAAAGGCACAUAGACUGACAGACAUUGGCAAUCGCGAUUCGAACUGCAGCCAGCCAGCCCGCCCGCCAGCCAGACAGACAGGGUAAUGCCAUGCUGUGCAAUCGAUGUCGAUGUGUCUGUGGGUGUGCCAUCUGUCUGCUGGUGUGUGUAUAUAUCGGUGUUGCGAGCGAUGUGGAUAUGUGGACAUGAUAUGUGCGGAUGCGCACUUGACCGAUGAUAGCUAAGAUGUGAUGUGAUGCAUUGAAGGCGACAUGCACAG